UUGCCACCUAUUGACACAUAUCAGCUCUUGAGCCUUAAGUUGAAAGAGUGUUCUGCCAAUCCUCUGAGAUCAUUUGUAUUCUGCCUGCCUAGCCUUUUGUAUCUCUACUCACCUAACCUAAAUUUUCCUUGCAUUAACACAUCAACCGAGACUUGUUUCCUCUUUCUUGAGUGUGUUCAUAUGGCAUCAAGCUCAAUGUCUUCACGUGGCUCAGGUUCAUGGACUGCCAAGCAGAACAAGGCCUUCGAGAAGGCUCUGGCUGUGUUUGACAAGGAUACCCCUGAUCGUUGGCAUAAUGUUGCCAGGGCUGUUGGUGGCAAGACUGCAGAGGAGGUGAAGCAGCAUUAUGAAGUCCUUGUGGAGGAUGUCAAGCACAUCGAAAAUGGUCAAGUUCCUUUCCCCAAUUACAGGACCACUGGAGGUGCAUAGCUAAGGAUGAAAAAUCUAAAGCGAUGAAACCAAGCACGGACAUCGACAAGUAGCAACAAUAAAAAUGCAACGAUAAUCGACUUCGAUUCAAGCAGAUUCAACUAAUAAUUUGGAGUUCCUUGAUGUAAUUUGAUUUUUGCUACAGACUGGCAGAAAAUCUCUCGUUUUCUUUCGUUUUUUCUCCGGUCAUUGUAUAUCGUUAAUCUAAUGAAGUCACAAGUGAAUUGUGCUUCAUUUUCAAUUUAUUUCAUCAAAUGUUUCCUCAUU